GCAUUUUGAAGUUUGUGGAAAUCACAGUUAACCUCCUGGUGCUGAUUUGUGUGGGCGCUGCCCAAGCCUCCAUAGCAGGUUUCACCUCCCUCGGCGGCUUCGGCACUGGAUCCUUUAACCUGAAUUCGGCCUAUAGCCCCUUUGAGGGCACGGAGCUGCGGGAGGUGAGGGAGCUAGACAUGCAGUUCACCCAGAUGAGAGCCCCGUGCGUGUAUGGCGGAGUAGCCUUCAGCUUAACAGCAGCAGUGCUUACCCUCGUCUUCCUCGUUGUGGGGGCAAAACCCAUCCAGCAGCUCAGGACGGGGCUGCUGGCAGGCGAAUGUGCCUUCAGCCUGCUGGCUGGCGUGGCAUAUGUGACAGCAGUCGGCCUCUACCUGCAUUUCAUCAGCCAGGUGAACUCCACAGAAGUUUGCAAGAGGCGCGAGAGGCUGUACUCGCGCCGUGGUUAUACCUCCAUGAACUGCGUGGUUCAGGGCGGCGAUGCGGCCGUCGGCCUUUUUGGUGUCGCUGCCGCCUGUUUGUACUUCGCCAGCUUUGUGGUCUGCAUCCGUGCUAUCCGAACCAUCCGGGCUUUCCAGAGCCACGCGGCCCAGACUCAGCACAGCCCCAAAAGCAACAUGAGAGACAGAAGCAGCAGAAACCACCAUGCUGUCCACAGGACCUCUGAAAGCUCCCACAAUGUCCACGCUCUUGCCACAUUAGUGUGA